UUACAUAUUUUAUUCUUCAAAACAAAACAACCACUGUAGCACAUCACAUGUUUUGUGCGUGAAAACAUCUGAAUUAACAUAAAUACUAAAUAGUGUGUGUUGACACUAUGAAACUGGGAGUAGCUGCAGUUGUAAUCCUGCAUUUUUUAUGAUUUUCACCCGGAAUAAAACCGCUUUUAUUUUACAAGAGCUCACCGGAAGUGCUGUGUGCCAUUAGUUUGGAGCUUCACAUUCAGGCCCAGUCAAAACAAUGCAGCUUAUCCGGCCUGCUGCGUCUCUCGUGCGGAUAAUAUUCACCAAAUUACUAACGAGGAACCCUGCGGAACAGCUCGUGCACAGCCGGUGUUGUGUCUAGGUGAAGUUUAGUCGCCUCUUUGUCACGGUUAGUUUAAUAUUUAGCUGUGUGCGUUGCAGCUUUUCUUCUUUUCCCCCGUGUGGGUGUUUGUGUGUUUUGUUCUGAAAUGGAGACAAGCUGAGGGGAGCGGCUGAAAACAUUACAAAAAUAACCACAAAAAAAGAAGAAAAAUUAGAGGUGCAAGGAAACGUGUCGAGAUUAAAAAUAUAAUCCUAUUUAUUAAUCUCCUGGUUGGCCGGCUGGUUAUCAUGGUGGAGUAGGCGGCUCUCCUGCGAGCGACCGACCGACGGAAGGGUCUCUCUCAGCGGGGAGCCUCAUCAUGGCCCCGGGCUCUCUGGUGGCGGCCUGCCGCAGCUUGGCCCUCUCUACGUGGCUGCUCUCCUUCUGCUUCGUCCACCUGCUGUGCCUGGACUUCACCGUGGCCGAGCGGGAGGAGUGGUACACCGCCUUCGUCAACAUCACCUACGUGGACCCGGCCACCUCGGAGCUGCGCACCGAGAAGACGGAGUGCGGCCGCUACGGAGAGCACUCGCCUAAACGGGAUGCGAAGGGAGUGGUGGUCUUGCCUGCAGCCCUGCACGACCGACAGGCCUGCGACCCCAACACCCGGUUCUCGGUGCCCGCUCAGGCCGGGUCAGGGGCCUGGAUAGCGCUCAUAGCCCGGGGCAACUGUACCUACAAGGACAAGAUCCGCCACGCUGCAGCACACAACGCAUCGGCCGUGGUCAUCUUCAACGUGGGGUCUGCUAAUGUCAACGACACCAUCACCAUGCCUCACUCAGGUACAGGUGAGGUGGUCGCCAUCAUGAUCCCGGAGCCAAAAGGCCGUGAGGUCGCAUUGCUGCUGGAGCGCAAUGUGACGGUCACCAUGACGAUCACCAUCGGGACUCGGAACCUGCAGAAGUACGUGAGCCGGACGUCGGUGGUGUUUGUGUCCAUCUCCUUCAUCGUGCUAAUGAUCAUCUCCCUCGCCUGGCUCGUCUUCUACUACAUCCAGAGGUUCAGAUACGCCAACGCACGGGACAGGAACCAGCGUCGUCUUGGCGACGCAGCGAAGAAAGCCAUCAGUAAGCUGCAGGUUCGCACCAUCAGGAAGGGCGACCAGGAGACCGAGGCCGACUUUGACAACUGUGCCGUCUGCAUUGAAGGCUACAGGCCCAAUGACGUGGUCCGCAUACUGCCCUGCAGACAUUUGUUCCAUAAGAGCUGUGUGGAUCCGUGGCUGCUGGACCAUCGCACGUGUCCCAUGUGCAAGAUGAACAUCCUGAAAGCCCUCGGCAUCGCUUUGAACGCAGAUUGCCUGGACGACCUGCCGCUGGACUACGACCUGGCCCUGGGCGGCGUGGGAGGAGUUGGCGUGGGCGGUGUUGGAGGAGUUGGGGCGCUGGCUCUGGAGGCCGUGGUGUCCGGAGCGUCCAGUGACGGCACGCUGAGCGAGGGCGGAUCCUCGGUGGUGCUGGAUCCCGGCGUGCGACGGGUGGGACUGCCACAGGAUUACCAGGACCCCGACACCCUGAGAGACAGCCCAGUGACGGCCACCACGGAUACACACACAGGUGAGCUUCAGCCAAUGGCGAGCAGUGCCUCGGUGGCAUCACUGGUCAUCGCCGUGGAAACAGGUCUGUCAGACGAGGAGGGGUCAACGGAGCAGACUCAGCUGGGGGAAAAAUCCUGAGAGGAGCCAAAAACAGAGCCGAGCCAAACCAGAACCCGGAACCCAAAACUCCCAUCAGGUUCACACUUAAGUGACUAAAACCCAGACUGAGCAAGAGCGGAGCCAGGUUCUGGUUUGGUUCCAGCCAGCACCAGUGUUUGACUGGAUUUUUUUUGUUUUGUUUUGUUUUUUUCGGACCUGUGAUAAAAAACUUUGUUAAACCAAACCGACUUGUCUGAGAUGGACCUACGUUGAAUUAAGGUUUGUAUUGGUUUCGAUACCGUUGAAGAAAAAACCGACUAACCUGGUUCUGCUUCGUGUUUGUCUCGCUGUUACUCUGGCGUGGCGAGGUCGGAUCCAGGAAUUAUCCUGGACCAACACAGCUGUUAUCCAGCCUGCUUACUUUGGUCCGACCCUCAUCUUUACUCUUUCUGUUCUGGCUCCUUGCAGAUGUCUUAAUCAACCCACAUUUGUGCCGUUUCUAGAACUUGACUAUCCACCUCCUUUUUGUUCUUUUAGUCUUUCCCAUCUGUUGUUACUCCUGACAAACUUCCACAGUGACAGAAAUAUAAAUCCUUCAUUCGAAUGUCGUGGAACUUGUCUGGAGAUUUCUCGUCUGAUUUUAAUGGACUUUUAAGGGGCGGAUGGGAUUCAAACCCGAGUCUCAACGACUUCAGAACGAAUCGUAUGUUUAGUCUCGGCUGCCGAAAUGAAGUCAGUCGAUAUUCUGCUUCAUCGGUAAAACUGGACGACUGAGUUAAUGGGUGCAUGAGGACUCGAGACACCAGGUUGUGUUUUUAAAGUAGCAGGAAUCUAAGAUUGACCUGCGUGUUUCCACCUGUUCUACUUCAGUAAGGAGUGAUAUUGUCUCUGGACCAGGUAGUGAGACACAACUACAUGAACUUGAUGGACGUUGUAAGACGGAGGCUCACUUCUUGUUCCUUGUCUGGAUUCUCGAAAGAGUUCAUCUCUGGUUAGUUUGGUUAAUUUAGCCGCUGUUUCUUGACGUGUGCCGUGACUGACUUUCAUAUUGGAAAGGAGAACUUUUAAUCUGAACGGACAUUUCAGCAACUUUUUUUUCUUUUCUUUUUUUUUAGUGUUUUGCUAAAAGGUCGGACAUUGUCCUGGCAGUAUUACAACUACAGUUCGACUGCAGUAUUGAAUAGAAACACACAGUAUUUUUGUUUUUUCUCUCUCUCUAAUUGCCUGUCUGUAUAAUUCAAGGCUUCUUUAUCUUUAUAGUAUAAUGACAGUAUUCGGUUUGAAUGCUCUUUGUGCUUGGCUGUGGUUUUAAACAGGGUUCCCGACUGUGUACGUUCAGAAAACUGGACACACUAACAAAAAUGCUCUUGACAGUUUGCAGCGCGGCACAGAAAAUGAUACAGUAACGAGGGACGGUUGAUAUGGUUCAAAUGUAAAUUCACGAUGACGACGACACUGCAGAUUUUGUGACUGUAAAGCACAGAUGAAAACAACUUAAAAGGUGUAAAAACUAGCAACAAAUCCGAAGUUUUUAAAACCUUUUGAAAAACAGUAGUUAAUGGAUCUUUUUGAGAUAAGGCUCCUGUUCUUCUCUUUAUUUAAUUAAAAGAUCUGUAAGGUCGAAGGGUUAGGAAAGACUUUCUUCACCAGUCUUCCAUCACAUCUUUCUCUCCUGAAUUGUAAACUUAGGUAAGAAUCGUCCAAACUUUGCCAGGUAGGAACCCUGUCUGUAGUGUUGCCUUGUUUUGUUUUAUUGCCCGUCCGUCCGUCUGUCUGUCUGCCUGACCGCACGCUAUCAUGGCCUCAUGCUGCCUUUUUUAAAUAAAAACACAUUGACCUUUAACCCCGUCAUCAGACAAUCAAGGAUCAAAUCUUUUGCUUUACAGUCAGGGAUCUUUCUCUCUGUACUUAAGCAAACCUAAGAAGCGUUUCGAACCCACAGUCUGUACACCACAGUAGAUGUUAGCUACUGGUUUCACUUCUGGAGUUUUAAUCGACGGCACCAAACACAAGCUGUGAAAGACCCAAGUUAGAGUUGUAGAAAAAGCUUUCAUAGCUGUAAACAAGAGAGUCAAACGAAGAAUCCCCUCCCCCGCUUUAGUGACUGUUGUUCACUCCCAUGUGCAUCAGCUCAAAGCCGAAAACAUGUAAAUAUUAAAAAAAAUGUAUAUUUCACAAGUUCACUCCGCCACCGGUGUGCAGACUGCGCAGGGCUGCGGUCAUGUCGUGGUGUCGCCGUGAGCUUCCUGAAAACCGAGAGAGAUAAAAGAGUGUUGUCUAUUUUGUUACCAGAGGAGACGUUUAUUUUUGUAAUGAAGACACCCAGCAGCAAGGACUGACCCCAACUCCAACCCCCCCCACAGCCUGGUGAUUCUCAAUGUGAUUGAGUCUUUAUCAGGUAGAUUUAAGUGUUAACUAUUCGUAUAAUUGUACAUACAUACAUACAGCACGCAAAAGGACCUCGAUGAUAUGAACCUAAACUAUCGUAAAUUUGUCCGUAAUCACUUGGGAUCUGAUUGUUGAUGUAGCCUGAUGAUGAAAAUUGAACUUGAGAGAAUUGAGCUCGAGUGUAGGACGGAGAUCCAAUGAUGUACUUGUUUCUUUUUCCCCCUUUUGUUUUGAUACUGGUGUCUAAAUGGAAAAUAAGACCAGAAUUGUAACAGAUGUAUAAGUUUAACUGUAUCUAGAUAAAAUAAUAUCGGACCUUGUAAGACAUUUCCUGGAUGUGCAGACUCUGUGAAGUUAACCUCCGUGUCGUCCUCCCGGGUCAUAUUGACCCCGUCUGUUUUGACUGUUCCUUCUUUCCUCCCUUCCUUCCUUCCGUCUGUCCUUCCUCCGUCCCUCCUUCCUUCCUUCUGUCCUUCCUUCCUCCCUCCUUUCCUUCCCUCAUUCCUUCCUUCCUUCCUCCCUCCCUCUUUCUCUUUCUGUCCUCCCCCUACCUUCCUUCCUUCUUUCCUCCGUCCUUCCUUUCCUUCCUUCCUCCCUCCAUCCUUUCCUUCCUUCUUCCUCCCUUCCGUCCUUCCUUUCCUUCCUUCCUCCCUCCAUCCUUUCCUUCCUUCUUCCUCCCUUCCUUCCUUCUUUCCUUCCUUCUUCCUCCCUUCCAUCCUUCCUUGCUCUCUCCCUCCCUUCCAUCCUUCUCCCUUCCUCCUGUCCUUUCUUGACCUGAGGACAACAGGAUGGUUAAUGUAUAACUUGUAAUUGGUUUUAAUGACGAAAAGUUACGUUUUGGGGAAUUACAAUUGGCACUAAACUGUAAAAGACAGAAGACGUACUGGUGUUGUGAAGUCCUACCACUGAGUUCGAUUUCUCUCAGACUCAAUAGAACAGAAAUACUUAAAAGUAUUUUUUUUAAGGUUCUGCCUGCUUUGCUUCCUAUAGGCUUCAUCUUUCUUCUCUCCUCACAGUUCAGUAUCAGGGCUGAGGACCAGUUCACUCUCCGUUCAGUUAGUUACGAGUAUAAAAUAAAAACACUAGUUAAUUUAAACACCGGUAAGAUGGUGGAGAGCUUAUUUGCUGUAAUAUAUGAACUUGUUUGCCUUUUUUUGUCUUGGCCAAUUUUAAGUGAAUCUUGUUUUAAUUAAAGUCACUUCUUUGUGUUGUAAGCUUUA